AGUAAGCGGCUGGAUCUUACACAGGUAACUCAGAAAAAAUAGCGAGGCAGAAAAAACAAUUCUGGGCUUGUCAUGGAGUUCGUGUGAAAGACAACAGGGAUUUUUUUCCCAAUUUUCUUUACCAGUUAAACCAGUAUCUCUGGAUAGAACACGCUCAAGUACUUGAUCAGGUAGAGUCUUUGGUCGAAAUCUCCUUCGUGUCCUCUUGAAAAUAAUCUUUCUUUCCCCCUAUUCGUUUACUUGACUUCAAUUGAAUUUCCAGACCUUUUGUUUGCUUCUCUUAUCACUGGAAAAAGGUGGACCCUCGUGUUAUUUUUAUUUCAUCUUUGCUUUUAAUUGUAGUUUUUACCCUUGUGGUCCCUGAUGGCUUCGCACAGUGAUACUCUGGUGGUGUUCUUUGGGGCAACAGCUGGUGCAAAUGGGGGUAAACUGGGUUCGGAUGAGAGGGAAAUAAUUCUCUUGGUGUGGCAAAUUGUGGAUCUACAUGAGAAAAAGGUUGGGAAACUUCAGAGACGUCUUGUGAAGCCCGACUCUUUGGAGUUGACAGACCAGAGUAAAGAGGAGACUGGGCUGUCUGUGGACGAACUCUACAAGGCUGAACCUCUGGACAAAGUUCUGCAACAGUUCCAGCAGUCAGUCUCAGCGGAGUUGAAGGCUCUGGGCAGAAGCUCCUACACACUGUGUGUCGACGGGCCCCUCAUCAUACGACAGGCCCUUCACCCUGAGGCCUCCAGGAAGAACCUGGUCCUGCCAGAGUGUUUCUACUCCUUUGUGGAUGUAAGGAAAGAGUUUCACAAAUGUUGUCCCAAUGCUGGACAGGUCCAGGACCUAACACUGCCCUAUAUCCUAGAAUAUGUGUGCAUCCCAGAACUUCCCCUGUCAGAGCAGGUGAUGGGGCUGAAGGAGGUGAGGUGUAUGGUCCAGCUCUGCCUGCACAUCCUGGCUGAGCCAUACAACCACAAAUUCUCAUGCUUUGAAGCUGUGAAGUACAAGCUUGAAUCGGGAGCAUGCAGUAAGACCGAACCAGUGGACAGUGAGACAGUGAUCAGAGCCAGGGGGUUGCCAUGGCAAUCCUCUGACCAGGACAUCGCCCGCUUCUUCAAGGGCCUCAACAUCGCCAAGGGUGGUGUGGCCCUCUGUCUGAACGCCCAGGGCAGGAGGAACGGCGAAGCCCUGGUUCGGUUCAUCAACCAGGAGCACAGAGACCUGGCCCUGGAGAGACACAAACACCACAUGGGUAGCAGAUACAUUGAGGUAUACAAAGCCACAGGAGAGGAAUUCCUCAAGAUCGCUGGAGGCACGUCCAACGAAGUGGCCCAGUUCCUGUCCAAGGAGAACCAGGUGAUCAUCAGGAUGAGGGGUCUUCCCUUCACCGCCUCUCCCCAGGACGUGUUGACCUUCCUGGGGGCCGACAGCCCCGCGACAGACGCCAGCGACGGCCUACUCUUCGUAAAGUACCCUGACGGGCGGCCCACAGGCGACGCCUUCGUCCUGUUCUCCUGUGAGGAGUACGCUCUGAACGCCCUGAAGAAACACAAGCAGAUCCUGGGCAAGAGAUACAUUGAGCUGUUCAGAAGCACUGCAGCGGAGGUCCAACAGGUCCUGAACCGUUACAUGUCCACCCCUCUGAUCUCCACGCUGCCCUCCUCUUCCAUGGUUCCCAUGCCGGUCUUGGCCACGCCCCCCUACCUGGCGACUGGCAGCACACGGGACUGUGUCCGUCUGCGAGGUCUACCCUACACCUCUGCUAUAGAGGAUAUACUGGAGUUCAUGGGAGAACACACUAUUGAUAUUAAACCACAUGGAGUUCAUAUGGUGCUCAACCAACAGGGUCGUCCCUCAGGUGACGCCUUCAUUCAGAUGAGGUCAGCUGACAGGGCGUUCAUGGUGGCCCAGAAGUGCCACAAGAAGAUGAUGAAGGACCGCUAUGUGGAGGUGUUCCAGUGUUCUACUGAGGAGAUGAGCUUCGUCCUGAUGGGAGGAACACUCAACCGCAGCGGCCUGUCCCCUCCACCCUGCAAACUACCCUGUCUGGCUCCUCCAGCCUAUGCUGCGUUCCCUUCUCCUGCCAUGCUCUCUGAGGCUGCUCUGUACCAGCCCCCCCUACUGGCCACCCCCAGAACACCCCAGCCCCCACUCAGCCCCCACCCCACCCUGGCCUACUACCCCCCACAGCACCACCCUGCACAGCUCUACAUGAACAUGAACAUGAACUACACUGCAUACUACCCCAGCCCCCCAGUCUCUCCCUCCACGAUGAGCUACUUUGCGUCUCCUCCAGGGUCAGUAGCGUUAGCAGCCCAGCAGCCCCAUGCCCAAGGCCACAUUGCCUCUCCCAUGAUGCCCCAGCACAGCGCUCUAGUUAGGAUGCAGGGUCUGCCCUACAACGCCGGGGUCAAAGACAUCCUCAGCUUCUUCCAGGGAUUCCAGCUCCAGCCGGACGCCAUCCUCCUGUUGUACAACUUCAGCGGCCAGCGUAGCGGCGAGGCCCUGAUCACCUUCCCCAGCGAGGAGUCAGCCAGGCGGGCCGUGUCCGAGCGCGCCAACCACCCCCUGUCUGGUCUCCCCGUCCGUCUGCUGGUGUGCUGCGACUGACCUCGACCAGCUGACAGCGACCAUGGAGGGAGGAGUCGAGGACCGCAACUGCUGAUUCCUUUUCUCCCUCGUCACUUCCUCUCCCUCCACUACUGAUACACACACACACACACACACCUCCCCACACACAAUCUGCCGACUCUCCUCCUCGUCACUUCCUCUCCCUCCACUACUGAUAC